AUAGUUCUUACUUUCUACAAUAUUUAUAAUCCUGUCUGUUAUUUCCUGUUAUUUUAUUUCUGUUGGUUGAUGUUAUAAUAUUUUUUAUUGUUGUGCUCAUUACUUUUCCAUAACCAAUUUUUUUUGUAUAUAAAUAUGUUAAAAUGCACUAUUUCAUGGUAAAAUAAGGAAGAAAAAUUGUUGAAAAUAACGAUGUCUCAAAAUAAAAACGACACCAUAAAUGCAGAGAGUAAAAAUGAAAAAGAUCCAGAAAGCAGUUCAAAUGUUGAAGAAACAUCACCAACGAUUGACCCCACAGAAAAAUGGCUUAUAAGAGAUUGUGAUAUAUAUGAAGAUGAGUAUGAUGAUUGUACAAGUUUUAAAGCAAGAUUUAAUCAGUAUUUUAUUUAUGGUGGAUCACUUGAUUGCAAUCAAUGGAAGAAGGAUUAUGUGAAUUGUUGCAAAUGGGUUAAGAACAAUGAUACAAAGGCAGCUAAUGAAUUGAUCAAAAGUGAGAAGAUCAGGCGCAUGAGACGAUUGACAGCACACUAUCAAAACGACACUUGGAAGAAGCGAGAAUCACCGCCAACCGACUGGGAGAAACCUUUGCCAGAAUGGAUGAUUAAGAGAGACCAAAACACAUACCUCGCACAAAAGGCACAAGAAAUGAAAGAAGGAAAAGUUGUUGACGAUAAAAGUUCAUGUGUAAUCAUGUAGUACAAUAUAAUUAUUAGUGUAAAAUUGUUUUCAAUCUCGGCAAGAACAUUGACCAAACAAUAUUGAAGUUGACUUAGUUUUGUUAGAUAAGACUAUAAAUGUAACUGCCAGCUGUGUACAAAGUUUAUGUAUAAAAGAAUAAAUAUAAGAUGUUAUUAUA